UUGAACGCUGCGUCGAUAUGAAGUAAAUUGUGGGGGCUCGAAAUAGUUUCGCAGUUAAAAUAAAAAAUUCUGCCCUUACAAAAGUUUUGGAACUUACUUCCAAUUUUGGUAUAAAAUUAGCAGUGAAAAAAAUUCAAAUUCCGUCCAUAAAGCUGAGCCAAAAGUUGGUUGCCUAUAAUUUUGCAGUGACUUCAUCGAGUGGAACUGAAAAUACAAAAAUAGUAAUUUUUGGGAACUAAAGACACAAAACUUUUCGUGACUGAUCCAAAUUGUUGUCAACUUCUAUUGUAUAAUUAAUUAGACAAGAAAAUAUACAGUGGAAAUAAGCAUGACAACAUCAAUUAACAUACCAUCUUGUUUUGACAAUCCACAGAGUGCCCUAAGAAGUGCCUUUUAUCGCCGAAAUGUUGAUGCUUUCAAGAAUGCUUUGGAGCAAGGUGGUGAUCCGAAUUCGAGAGAUUCAAAAGAUAAAACUGUUUUUGAAGAUGUUCUGACGUCACCAAAUUCAGAGCAAUUUGUGCAGUUGUGCAUUGACAAUGGUGCUGAUCUGUAUUCGAGAAAUUCACAAGGAAAAUAUCCAAUUCAUUAUGCCAUUGACUCAUUAUCACCUCAAAAUCUUCGUGCAUUUAUCAGCAAUUACGACUUGAAGAAGAUAAAUGUUAGAUACGGAUAUAAGAAUUCUUUGCACAUGCUGAUGGAAAUUUUCUCAAAUAAGAACCUCGAUCAAGAAGCUACAACUGAGUGCAUUAAAAUAUUGAUCGAAAAUGGAUGCAGCAUCAACAUGCCAAAUGAAAAAUCUCGAACUCCAUUAUUCAUGCUGUUUAGAUCUCCAGAAAUGAAGUAUAAAAGGGAAAUUCUAGAUUUUAUCAUGAAGAAUGAAAUUGAGAUGGAUUUGUAUACUUAUAAAAGUACUGAAAUGCUUAAUCUAUUCAAAAAGAACUUCCCAAGUGCCGAUAUUCCAGUGCAGACUACAAGAAUUGUCGAUACUGACUACAUGAGAAGUUUAUUGCUGCAAAGAAACGAAGAGAAAUUCAUCUCCAAUUUUAAAAUAUUUAAAGAAAAUGAGACCAAUAAGCAUAAGUCACAAGAAAAUGAUCAAAAUAAAUCAAAUUCUUAUGCUGAAGAUUGCGCAAGAUUUCUUUACACAGCUGUCUCAGAAAAUUUGGAGAAUGUUGUUGAUCAUUUAGUUGAUGAAGGGAUUGAUGUGAAUAGGAAACCUGCAGACAUAAAUCAACGACAUGGAAUGGCACAUCUAGCUUGUUCACAUGGAAAUUAUCGUAUUUUGGAAGCACUUUUUAGAGCUGAAACGAAACCUGAGGUCGUCAAUGAAAACGGCAAGAACUUGCUACACAUCGCGACUGAACAUUUUGGAAUGGAUCCAAGUAGAAAUCCAAGUUUCAGCUAUGAAAAAUGUUUCUAUUUGGCAUUAGAUUAUUGUGAUGUUAAUCAACAAGAUGAAAUUGGAUUUACACCACUUCAUUAUGCAGCAAGAUAUAGAAACGACAAGGCAGUUGUUGAGCUAUUAAAGAAAGGAAGUUACAUCGGCACUAAAAGCUAUUUAAAUAAUGAAACUCCAAUUGACAAUAUGAGCUAUGAAGCUCUUGAAGACUACCUCAAUGACUGCAUUACCACAAAUAUUCGUAGACAUGGCGAUGAAGAACAGGAAAUAAUCGUUGACUAUAACUUUUUAAUGGCACCAAAGAAGAAAACUGAAGAAUUUGGACCGGAAAUUGCGCCAUUGCAGAAUAUUGCAAUUCAUUCCGAGUUGAGACCAUUAAUUAGACAUCCAGUUUUGUCAAGCUUCUUGUUCAUUAAAUGGUCAAAAUUAGCUAUUCUAUUCCAUUUGAACUUGGCAUUGUUUUCAAUAUUCAUGCUAUCACUCAUUUAUUACAUCGUCAUGUGCAAGACAUUGACAUUAGAGGAACAGCAGAACAGUCUAUGUUUUAGCUUAUUUUGGUGUCUAUCUGCAAUAUCCAUCAUCAUGCUUGCUAUUCGUGAAGCAUUUCAGUUUUUCUUAUCUCCAAUAAACUACCUCAAAAGCGUCGUAAACAUCUUUGAAAUAAUUUUAAUAAUCCUCGGCUGUGCCUUGAUUUUUGUGUAUAAUAACGAACAAGAUUCGAACGACACAUUCUUAAGAGUUUUGAGAGCAGUGACGAUAUUGUUUGCGGCAUAUGAAUUUUUGCAACUGGUUGGGACAUUGCCAUAUUUGUCUAUAUCCACACAUAUGGUCAUUUUGAAGAAAGUUGCUCUAACAUUUUUCAAGUCUUUGCUGCUUUAUUCCAUUCUUCUUCUUUCCUUUGCAUUAUCGUUCUUUUCGUUGUUUGGUGGACAUAAUAAUGAUAAAUCUGAUGCCUCAAAUUCAACAGAUUCUAAGAAGGAUGAAGCUGAGGAAGAACAAGAUAACUUCAAUUCUUUUGGUUAUCCAGGCAUUGCAAUUAUCAAGACAUUUGUCAUGUUGACUGGAGAGUUUGAUGCUUCAGCACUUGCUUUGGAGAAAAGUGGUGCUUAUAGCAUCAUAUUCUUGCUAUUCGUGUUCUUAAUCACUAUUGUGCUGUUUAACUUACUUAAUGCCUUAGCUAUUGAUGACACUCAACAGAUUAGAGUUGAAGGAGAGCUUGUGGACUUCUGUGAGAGAAUCAAUGUCCUUAAUAAGUAUGAACGGAUGAUUUUGGGAAGGAAUUGGAGAUGGCUGAAGAAUAUGAUUAGCGUGUUCCCGUACACAAUCCCACACGGGAAGAUUGUCAUUCAUCCAGAAAAGAAUAAUGAAAUUUUGACAUAUAAAGUAUCAAACUCGAAUAAGGACAUCAGUAUUAACAUGGGUAAUGAGCAGGAACUACAGAAUCUCAACAACAACAUUGCAUUAAAGAAAAUGAUUCCAAAUAAAGCAAUAUCGGAUAAAUUACAGAAAUAUUCAAGUGGAAUGGACAAUAAAAUCAUGAAGAAGAUUAGAAUUAUACUAGAAGAAAGAAAGCAAGCUAAGAAUGAUGAAGAUAGUGCCUUAAUUAAUCGCAUAUUGUCCAUGGAAUCUGAAAUUAAGAUUUUAAAGUCUACAAUAAUUCAAUUAUGUGACUUGAUUGAAGAAAAGAAAAGUUCUUAAUAUAUUUUAAACACUCAAUUUUAAAAACCAAGAUUAUUAUGAGCUAUUCAAUAAAUAUUGUAAUAAUAAAC